AGAGCAGGAGGGAGCGGCCCGGAGGCAGACGCGCAGUGUCCGAGGCCAGCCUGAGUCGGCUAAUCCCCCCAGCUCUGUCCUAGUCCGUCGCGCUCCUCCGCCCCACCAUGGCUAGGGGCCCCGCGCUCGCGCCUCCGCUGCUGGUGCUGCUGAUGGUGGCGGCGGUGACCCGCUUCGCGGCAGCGCAGGGCAACUGCACGUGUCCCACCAACAAGAUGACCAUCUGCGGCCAGGACGGCCCCGGCGGCAAGUGCCAGUGCCGCGCGCUCGGCUCGCGCGCGGUGGUCGACUGCGCCACUCUGACCUCCAAGUGCCUGCUGCUCAAGGCGCGCAUGAGCGCCCCGAAGAACGGCCGCAGCCUGGUGCGGCCCAGCGAGCAAGCGAUCGUGGAUAACGACGGUCUCUACGACCCCGAGUGCGACCCACAGGGCCGGUUCAAGGCGCGGCAGUGCAAUCAGACGUCCGUGUGCUGGUGCGUGAACUCGGUGGGCGUGCGCCGCACCGACAAGGGCGACCUGAGCCUGCGCUGCGACGAGCUGGUGCGAACCCACCACAUCCUCAUCGAGUUGCGCCACCGCCGGACCGACCACGCCUUCAACCACUCGGACCUGGAUGCAGAGCUGCGGCGGCUCUUCCGCGAACGCUACCAGCUGCACCCCAACUUCCUGUCGGCGGUGCACUACGAGGAGCCCACCAUCCAGAUCGAGUUGCGGCAGAACGCAUCCCAGAAGGGACCCGGAGAUGUGGACAUCGCCGACGCCGCCUACUAUUUCGAGAGGGACGUCAAAGGCGAGUCGCUGUUCUUGGGUCGCCACGGCCUGGACGUGCGGGUGCGUGGCGAGCCCCUGCACGUGGAGCGGACGCUCAUCUACUAUCUGGACGAGAAGCCCCCCCAGUUUUCCAUGAAGCGCCUCACCGCCGGCCUCAUCGCCGUCAUCGCGGUGGUCGCGGUGGCCCUAGUGGCCGGCGUGGUCGUCCUGGUGGUCAGCAAUCGGAGGAAGUCAGGGAAGUACAGAAAAGUGGAGAUAAAGGAGCUGGGGGAGAUGAGGAGUGAACCGAACUUGUAGGUGCCGGGCAGGCAGAGCAGGGGUGGGCAAUGUAUUUCUUCGUCCCCCCUAACCAGGGUGUCACCUCAUUGAGUGCUUGGCCAAAAGAAGGUAUUUCUCCUCCCAAUCCUGCCUUCCCCGUCCCUCUCCACAAACAAGUUUGUUGGAUCCCGGGCUCGGCCUUCUAUCUUGAAGGAAGCAUUUCUGAAAUUCUUUUGUCUUUCGGUUCACUCACGAGAAACCUGACCCCGGGAGUUAGGGGAAUGAUGGCGCCGCGUCCUCUGUAAGAAGCAAGUGCCAGACAACCCAGCAACUUGAAUUCCUCUCAAAGGCUUAAAUGGGAAAGCAGCGCAUUUACGGUGUAGGGUUAGGUUACCUGAGGAACUCCAUCCUCAUGGCCUUCCCGGGAAGAAGAGUUUACUAAUUGGGCCUAUGCAGGGCCUUUUUUGCCACCGUUUGUAUGGAAAGAAGCCCUCCCGCUGUGUGAACACGUUUUAGAUAUCUUUGUUGGAGUGCACACUGUCCUAGACGCUAGUCUAUUCCUCUGCUUGCCCUGAGUGCGGCUUAUACUAGUAAUAUUCUCUUUUGUAAAGUGUUUGUACAGAUGUCUUUGAUAAUGCUGCUGUGAUUUUUUAAAAAUUUAAUAAAAUAUGGGAAAGUCACAAACCUAA